CGCAGGAUACUUUUAUUGCAUUUUCUGCUCGCAGGAUCAUCGACGCAAGCCCCGAUUCAAGGUCUUGAACGGAUUCAACGUCGUUUGCGACAAUUACGAUCCCGGAUGCAAAAUCGACGACUCGGCUGUUUACAUCGAGCACGAUCCGGCUCUGACCUACGGCCGUCCGAAAACCGUGAAUCUGCACGAGCGUCGGCGUUUCGUUCCCAACUACAUACUCUACGAUCGGAAAUGUUUGCGUUUCGAGGCCUACUUUCGCCAGAGAAUAUACGGCUCUCAGCUGGAGCAGCAUCGCGUCCGACACGUGAGGUUGGUGUACUUUCUCGAAGACGACGAGAUGCUCGUGUUCGAGCCGAGAAUAAGCAACGUCGGCUUCGACCAGGGUAAACUCGUCAAAAGGGGCCGGAUUCCCAAACCCAAUACCGAUCGGGAUUAUCACUGGAAAGACUUGAACGUGGCCAUGGAUAUCGAAAUCUAUGGCGUAGUUUAUCGCAUUUACGACUGCGACACGUUUACGCGGGAAUUCCUGACCAGUCAAGGGAUCGACGUGGCCGAUCCGGAAGAGGCUCCGAUCGAUCAUUACUUGAAGGAGCGACAAAUCCAGCAAGCCCUCUACAAUCAACCGACGCAUCCGUCGGGUAAGAAUCAUUCGUUGGCCGAGGACCGAAAGUACAAAUUUCUGCAGUACGACGGAAUGGUGCUGACUUUCGAUGCCCGAUGGCAAGACGAUUUGUACAAGCUGCGGUACUUUUUGGCCGAUGACACGAUCACCGUCACAGCCGUCGAGAGGACUCAAAGAGGCCUCAAUUUGCUGCUCAAGAGGACCAAAGUGCCGAAAAAUUGGACCGACAUACCGAGCAGCCAUCCGAGCUCCUACUUGGAGGUAACCGAGCAGGAGGUUCGACGCUACUACUCGCCGAGCGAUCUCAUAGUGGGCGAGACGGUGUACAUCUUCAAUCGGCGUUUCUUGCUCUUGGACUGCGAUCCAUUCACGCGUCGCUACUACAAAGAGAUGCUGCAAAUCGAUCAGCCCGAGCGAAUCGAGGCGAAUCGGGAGAGCGACGAGUCUUUACGAGCGGGCGGCGAUUGCUCGCGCGGCGGCGCCUCCAGACGAAAGAAGCACCAAGAACAGAUUCGUCAGCUGCAUCAUUUUCCGAAGAAGCUGCGCUACCGUCUGGCCAUGGACGCGGUUCAUCCGGAGGACGAGGAUCGCGAGUUCGUCCUGGAGUACAACCUGGCCGACGGCUGUAUGCGCAUCACCGAGAUCGACAAGAAAAACUCCGGCAGGCGGGCCGGCUGCUUUUUGGGAUGGAACAGGGUGCCGAAGCCCGACGCCACCGAUGAUCCCGAGUCGUCGUGCUACACGCCCGACGACUUUUGCAUCGGAUCCAGGUUGAAUAUUUUCGGCCACUUCUUUGUCGUCACCGGCACCGAGCUCUUCGUCUGGAAUUACAUGCUCGUCAACAAGGACAAGUUCAGCCAAGAGGUCAUGGAUAGCGUGAGGAACUGGGCCGAAAGUCAAGGCUUACUCCCCAAACUUGAUAAGGAUCACAAAAGCGACCAAAAUGACAAUAAGGAAGUGAAGCUUCAAGACUGCAGUUGCGAGUAAUCCAACUUUGUUUACAGUACCAAAACAUAUGUACUCGUUUAGUUUUAAAAAUAAACUUCAGCAGCCUUCAGUUUCUAAGAUAUUCAUCAAAAUUUUCUUAAUUAAUUACUACUUUCACAUAACGUGUAUUGUGUGUACAUUUGCC